UACCAUUCAGCCUGAUAAACUGAACAACAAUAUAUUUUCAUUCCUUCUUUUCCCUUUCAGACAAUACAGAGGCAGACCUUUUAUAUUUGCAGCGUGGACACAGGUCAAUGAGAAUAUUGUGGAGAGCAGGCAUUGAACUGAAACGCAUCAGGGAUUUUUAGACCUUAUACAUGAACUUGUUGAGAAGAAAAAUUGCUAGGCUUUGUCAUACAGAUUCUAAUAGCGCUGAAUCAUGUCGGUCCCCGACUCGGCCAGUGCGGACAGCCCCGAGCUCACCUGCAUGGUUUGCGGGGAUAAAGCCAACGGCAUGCACUACCGGGCCUUGACCUGCGAGGGCUGCAAGACGUUCUUUCGGAGAAAUGCCCGACAUCGGGACACCCUAAAAUGCGAGAUGAUGAACGAUGGUGGAUGUGAAAUGGACAUGUAUACCCGGAGGCAUUGUGCUGCUUGUCGAAUGCAGAAGUGUAUUUCAGUCGGGAUGCAGCCAGGCAGAUUAUGGGACCAGAACCGCCUGGCCACCCGUAAACCAAACAAGAAGAAAGCAAAAGUGAAGACGGAAAACAGCGAGACGCCUCCUGUGCCACCCGAGGAGUCAUCUCCUGCCAAGGCAAGCGAUCUCCUUCCAGAACUGUCGAGUCAGCAUUGGGAGAUAGCGCGCCUGAUAGCCAUGGCUUACCGAUCAGCUAAGGAAGCGUUGCCCCAACCACCUCCAAAUGUGAUUCCAGAGCCAGCCUUCCCUGACAGUUCCUCUUCAACAUCCCGUGAAGGACCUGAAAAAUCCAGCUCUCAUCUUCCAAAGGAUACUGAUUCACCAGGUACCUCACCCCUGCAUAACAAGGGACCAACUUACCCAGAGACUCCUCUGGCCUCAGAAAAAGUCCCCAAGAAGAAGACAUCUCCAGAAUGUGAUCCUGGAGAGACCACCAGCAGUUCCUUGACUUUGCCACCAAGAACUAUUCCCCAAGCACCAUCCGGUGAUCUCUCAUCGACUCCAUCAUCCUCAAAGCAGGGAGCCGUAUCUCCAGAAGCUGUUCAAACGGCCGAGACUCUGCCAUCUCCUUCGACCUCUCCUGUCUUGAAGAAAUGCGAGUGCGGAUGCAUAAUUCACAACAAGCCACCUCAUGAGACUGAACCUGAAGCGGACCUUGAUGUAUCAUCAUCAAAGCCAUCGGUCCAAGAAACCUCCAAGGAUAUCCCGUCCAAAGAUCAACCUGGCACGUCUGCUGCGGGGCCAUGUCCAGAUGAUGAUCAAAGGUCAAUGCUUGCAGGGGGUAAGAAGGGCUCCGUGAUUGUCCCACAGAUUAUGGAAAUUGUCGUGCUGCUUCUGAGGCAUAUGAUAAACUUUGCCAAGCAACUCCCUGGGUUCCAGACUCUCACCAGUGAUGACCAAGCAACUCUUAUCAAAGGUGCUUUGGUGGAAUACAUGAUCCUCACUUCUUGUCCUCUGUACGACAUAGAGAAAGGCCAGUUCAACAGUGAGAUCUGGCCGACGCUUUCCAUCGAGCCGGAUCAAGUAGAGAGUGCUGGGUUUAUCACUGUCAUGAAGUCUGUCAUGUCCUUCGCCAUUAAGAUGCAGAAGCUUGCCCUGACUGAGGAGGAACUUGGUUUACUUUAUGCUUUAGCUAUCAUAUCACCAGAUCGUCGAGACCUGGAUGAAGCCAUAAAGGUUGAGGAGCUUCAGCAGCCGUUGGUCGACGCUUUGCAGACCUGUGUACAGAUCAACCAUCCAAAGAAGUUGGGACACUUUGCAAAGAUCAUCAUGCUCCUUACAGAGGUACGUAAUGCCACCGAAGCCUACAUGGACGACCUGAUGACCAUCCAACUCAGUGGGAGCAAACUUAAUCCCCUGCUUGAAGAACUCUUCAGUGACUAACUGGAGACUAUCAGGUGAACCAAAAAUUCAUUCCACCCAAUGGAAGAUGAUUUUUUGCCGGAAACGUGCUAUCUAAAGAUAUUCUGCCUCGGGGCAAACGGACCUAAUCCCCUUCUUGAAGAACUUCUCAGCGACUAUUAGGAAACUAUGAAAUAAACUCCUUUGAACCAACGGGAGAUUCCUGUGGAUGAUGUCUUGUACAUUCCUAUUUAAAUGUUAUGCUACAAAGACUUUCUGAUGCGGAUGGAUUGAUCUCUAGUCCUUGCCAUGAAAAGCUCUUCACUGACUAACGGGAGACAAUCUGGAGCUCAGUCCAACCAAUUAUUAAUGAUGUUUCUUCAAAUGGUCUGCUCUGAAGACAUUCUGACUCGGCAGGAGCAGGUUAAAUCCUUGAAGAUUUGAAAAAUGUCCACCUCAAGACUCUUUGGCGGUGUUGAAGCAUUCUUGAAGCGUUCUUCAAUGACACACUGGAUCCCUCCACCCACGAAGUCAGAUCCCUGUUGAUGAUGCUUUGUGUUGAAAUGGUCCCCCUCAUGGACUAUCCAGUGGCGUUGGAGCAUCCUUGAAGCAUUCUUCAAUUAUAAGUUGGAUCCUUCCACCCACAAGGGGACCCAAGAACUCUAUUGAACCAAUGUCAGAUCCAUAUUGAUGAUGCUUUUUAUGUUCUUGUUGAAAUUGUCCAUCUCAAGGACUGUCUGGUACAGUUGGGGCAUUAUUGAAAAAUUUUUCAAUGACAAUUGCCUAUUCCCAUUAAUGUAUUGCUAUUAAAGUCGGAGCCUACGUUUCCUGGAAGAACUCCUUUGUGACAGACUGAAUCCUACAUUAUCAAUCUACAAAAAGUGUGUUGCCUUUGAGGUGAGGUUAAUCACUCUAUUCCGUCUAAAAGCUGAGGCUUCAACCAUGAUGAUACUUCAGGAAAAGAUAAGGUAUAUCUUUCACUCCAUCUGAAGCAAAUUAUUAAUUUGUCAACAAAGUUUCUAUUCCCGUCAACGUCUCGCUAUUCAAGUGGGAGCCUCUCAUCUUUUCCUGGAAGAACUUCUUUGUGACAGACUCAAUCCUGCAUUUUCAAUUUACAAAAAGUGUGUUGCCUUUGAGAUGAGGUCAAUCAUUCCACUCCGUCUAAAAGCUGAGGUAUCAACCAUGUUAAUACUUCAGGAAAAGAUAAGGUAUAUCUUUCACUCCAUUUGAAGCAAAUUAUUAAUUUGUCAACAAAGUUGAUUCAUCCCUUUAAAGUGAAAUUGGCGGCAACAAUCAUAGGGAGUGAAUUUAUAUUUGCUGAUCCCAGACGUUGAGAAAAGCAUUGGUAAUGCCUGUGAAAAGAGAAGUAUUGGGGGAAAGCCAACUUGGUGUCCCAGCGAGAAUUUCUUUCGUCAAAACUGCAUGGCCUCGGGCAACUGCUGUCGGGCCAGGGAAAAGUGUGAUGAUAAAUUAACCAUAAGGCAAUUUCCAGUGGCAUUAGAUAACGCCUGCUGAUCAUCAUAUUCAUUCUACUCUGGGUGAUUUAUAUCCAAAUGGUGUAAAAUUGUCCGUGAAAUACACACAUUAAUCCUCCUGUAAGAGGCCGUUCUCAUUUCACUUUCUAAAACUAGUUUACUGGAAACUGAUUCAGGAAACCAGUUCGGAAGAUCG